AGCAGGCUAAUGAUCAGUUUCGUAAGUCCUGUCGUGAACUUCAUCAGGGAAUCCUACAUUCCUCGCGAUUCAUAAAUAACCAGUUUACCAUUUUCCUCAGAGGUACAUACAAUGGGAAGAAAGUUUGCUCAGUGGAUCUCGCAGUUAAUAAAGCAAGUCUAUGCCACGGAUUAGGAGCGAUCCUCUAUUUUAAUUUUGCAUUGGUUGAUGAGGACAACAUGGAAGCUGCUGAGUAUACCGAACUCGUUGGAGGCAAUAAAACCGGAUCCGUCCUAGUCGACCCGGUGUAUUCGAAGACUCCGGACAAGUUGGCGACCGUUUCGUCAGUUCCUCAACAGGUUGCUGGCCGAUACCUGUUCAGGGUGGACGACGUCGUACGAAAAGGCGGUUGCUCGAAUCUUACCGUUGGCACUUAUCGACUGACCAUUUAUCCGGACAUCGUUAACUCAAUGGGAAAUUCGACAGUUACUCUCAACGGCCUUUGUUUAAAACCGAACGAUCAACCGAUACUGUACUUCUCUGAAAACAGGCCGGCCUUCUGUGUGGUAAAAAAUGCGGCCAUCGCCGAAUGCAAAAUGCUUCAGUACUACCAGUGGAGCGUAAAACAUGUAUAUUUCCAACGUAUGCCUUACAGUAACAUGUGCACUGAAUUUCGACCUGUGUUUCUAGUGCCCGAUGGAUUAGAUCCCUACGACCUCGAAUUGGGGUCUAUGGAUCUGUGGUACGUGAAAAAUCCGCCCUUAAAGCGGGACAUAUCGUGGUACCCGGGAAAUUUUACAGACACGAACUUCCGCAGAAUGAGUACCUUAGAGCUUUCACUGUGGGGUUAUAAGGAGUGGCGUGACGAUCGAGUCAUGAAAUUCAUUCCUACGUUGACGAAACUCGCGGUUAUUAACAACGUCAAUAACAACCAAGACCCAACAGUACUGAAACAGACGUAUAGCCUUGCUUCGAACCAGCUGUAUCCCUCCAAUUGGCUGAUACCCGUCUCGGAGGCGAUGACGUAUCGAUUCGGAUUUUUGAAGCUGGCUUCCAUCGACCCACAGCACAAUAUGGGUGAAGGCAACUAUCUGCCUUGUUUAACAUCUCACAUGAGAAGUUCAUGGGUUGGAUUAAACGAUGCAUACUCAACCAACCUGGACCUAGAGAGGUUCUCGGCUGAUAAAUGUAUUGAAUGGUUCGAAGAAGACGGGCAGCAGUGGAACUUCAUUAGGGACACGGAAACGAACUCUUCGUGUCCGUGUCGAUUGGAGCAGGCCAACAUCGACCUCGGUCGAUACAUGCCCCACCCACGUUGCUCACAGCGUUUCCGGACACUCAGCUGCGACACCUUCAUCGGUGCUAAAGAGUGCUUCAUAUCCACCAACAACGUAGAGGGGUGGGUGCUAAACUUUAAUGAUAUACGUUUCAGGAAUUACGUCACUCACUAUGGACAGGUGUGCUGCUAUGACAGGGACGGUUUCCUGAUGCAGACCACGUAUCAGACCGUGGUACAGGUUCCCGAGUAUCCGUACAAUCCAGGUUUUCCUCAAAGGGCCUAUGAAUUUGGCACUUAUCCAUUCACUAAACAGUUUGAGCUUCCAACUUUGUCAAACUAUUAUCACGAUGUGUUGCCGUACUUCUUCUGCUGCAAGUGGGCUGUCAACCACUGUCAAUUCUUUUACUGGAGAAGGCCAGGCAGUGGAUGCCAGGAGUAUUACGCUCCAGCUGUUGGAACGGUGAUGGGCUCUGGACAUUUCGUUACCUACGAUGGCGUCAAGUACACGUUUAACGAACCUGGAACAUACGUACUGUUUUUCAUGAAAUCCCCAAAGGUGCUGAUCGAGCUCCGUUUGGAACGAUAUCCGAACCGAAUGGUGGAUUUCAGCAGCCGGUCAAUCAAUCAGUACGAGCUGGUUCAGCCUCUGAACGCGUCGGUGGUCACCGGUGUGGCGCUCCAAGAGGGUAACCCCGAAGAGUCGGACAAAGUGUUGGUCAUAUUGCGGAAGGAUUGCCGUCGAUAUCGUUACCGAACAAACAUUUUCGUCAAUGACGAGCUGGUCUACUUUGACACCAUGAAAAUUCAGCGAUUUAGAGGAGUCACCAUUUACGUCAAUGGUUGGAUGGAGGGACAGUCAGAGGUGUACGUUGUUUUGGAAAAGUCACGCAUCGGAGUGCGUAUUCGUGAAAGUUACGGCAUGGAAAUCAGACGACGCGUUUUGUACGAGGAGUCUAUGGGAUUGCUGGACGUUCUUGUCUCGGUACCUCCAGAGUACAAAUUGGUAAAAAUGGCACCAUAUUACGCCAUAAGGCAUAAGGUACCAAAUGUUUCAGAAUUGAUUGGACCCGUGUACACCGCCGCCCCGGAAAUCUUGAAAGAGUAUCCGUUUUAUCCUCAGUAUAGAAUGAGCAUGGAACAACUGUACCAGAGGUGCAUGGGGUCGCCGAUGUCAUCAGAUAUGUGUUUGAACAUGCAGGACAUGAAUGAGAUUCACCAAACCUGCCUGAACAUGUACGUUUGCCGCUAUGACUUUUUAUUGCUCAAGCAGAAGAUCUUGGGACAAGAAAUCCGCAAGUUUUACGACGUAGACAAUUAUUUUCCCGAGUUCGUUUUUAUUCGCUCUUUUCCAGACACGAGUUGCGGAGCAGUUAACAUAGAAUAUCCCGAUUACCUGUUGAUCAAUCCGCCAACGGGGAAGCUUUAUUUAGAAGGCAACGAAAUACAGUUCGAAUGUUACCCAACUCACUGGAUCAAAGGAACCGACCAUUACACAUGUUAUGGCGGACAAUGGAAUAAAGCGUUCCUCAUCGCAAUAUUCCUUUGCUGUUGGGUGGUGAAAAGAAGUCGACGAGACAGAACCAAGGGACAAACGUACAAAACCGGAGAGUAA